GAGUUUUUUCAUGCGCCAAACUAAAACGACGUCGUUUAGGAAAUUGAAAUCCAAUCCGUUAAUAAAAAGAAGUGAAAUUCAGUUUACCGCUAAUUUGUUUCGAGCCGUAGAGCAUGUCUUCUUCCCUAUCGAUAUGCUUCUCUCCAGUUUCGCUGGCUCGCCCCACCACCAGGAAAGCCAAUCCCAAAAAGCUCCCUAGAAACCCUAACCCUAACCCCAACCCUAAGAUCAGAAAAAGAACCGGAACCAGGACCGCCAGUCCCAAUGAAGUUCUUCCUUACGGCGACCAAGCCACCACCUACACUAGCCUCCCUCCCAGAGAAGACUUCUUCACUACUUCCCUCAACUCAUCUUUCCAAUCCUCCACAGAAAUUAAACUCUCCGACUUAUCUCCGCCCACUAUUGAAUCCGAAAUCGACAAAUCUAGCCACGAAGAGGAUGUUUUUGACGAGCAAUUAGGUUUUGAUUAUGGAAAAUUUGAGUUAUAUGAGGUUAAUUCCGAUCCUGAAGAGGAGGAUGAGGAUGAGGAUGAGGAUGGUGAGGGACAAGUAUUUGUUGGACAUGGUGAAAUGGUGAGUGUUUUUAAUGGCGAGGAAGAAGAGAAGGAGAAGGGGUUACCGGCCGUCAUGCGAUGUUUUGAUCGGGCGAAGAUUUAUGUAAAGGCUGGGGAUGGUGGGAAUGGAGUGGUGGCUUUUCGGCGAGAGAAGUAUGUGCCGUUUGGGGGGCCUUCGGGUGGGGAUGGAGGGAGAGGUGGAAAUGUGUAUGUGGAGGUUGAUGGGUCUAUGAAUUCGCUUUUGCCUUUUCGGAAUGGCGUGCAUUUUAGGGCAGGGAGAGGGAGUCAUGGACAGGGGAGGAAUCAGAAUGGGGCUAAGGGGGAGGAUGUGGUGGUCAAAGUGGCACCUGGGACUGUUAUUAGAGAGGCUGGUUCUGAUGGGGUUGAAGGGGAAGUGCUUUUGGAGUUGUUGCAUCCAGGGCAGAGGGCCAUGUUGCUGCCUGGUGGAAGGGGUGGGAGAGGCAAUGCAUCAUUUAAGUCAGGGACAAAUAAGGUGCCAAAGAUUGCAGAGAAUGGUGAAGAGGGUCCAGAAAUGUGGUUGGAGUUGGAGCUGAAGCUGGUUGCAGAUGUUGGAAUAGUGGGUGCUCCAAAUGCAGGGAAAAGCACACUUCUCAGUGUGAUAAGUGCUGCUCAGCCAACAAUAGCAAAUUAUCCAUUUACAACCUUACUUCCAAACUUGGGUGUUGUUUCAUUUGGUUAUGAUGCUACAAUGGUUGUAGCAGAUCUGCCAGGUUUACUUGAAGGAGCACACAAGGGUUUCGGUUUAGGUCAUGAGUUUCUUCGGCACACCGAAAGGUGUUCUGCACUGUUGUUCCAACAAACUUAUGCUCAGUUGGGAAAACUUUUCCUUGACCAGGCCAAGUUUAUGCAGGGAGUCAAGGUACAUGUUGUUGAUGGUUCCUCACAGCAGCCAGAAUUUGAGUUUGAUGCCGUUCGUCUUGAGCUGGAACUAUUUAGUCCUGAACUUGCUGAAAAACCUUACGUAGUUGCUUACAACAAAAUGGACCUUCCAGAGGCAUAUGAGCGGUGGCCAUCAUUCAAAGAAAGGCUACAAGCUCGUGGGAUUGGAACUUUUUGCAUGAGUGCGGUGAAAGGAGAGGGCACUCAUGAAGUGGUCUGCGCUGCCUAUGAGCUUCUAAGAAACAGAACAGAAAGCAAUAAAGAAGUUGAAGAUCCAGUGAAUUUGAACCAUGUUGCCGAUAUGCUACAUAAGCAGCGAAGUGCCUCUAUUAAUGAGUUUGAGAUCUUUCAUGAGAAAGGUUCCAAUACUUGGCAUGUAGUUGGAUCUGGGUUGCAACGUUUCGUUCAAAUGACAAACUGGCGAUAUAUAGAAUCUGACAGAAGGUUCCAGCAUGUUCUGGAGGCUUGCGGGGUGAACAAGUCUCUCAUCAAACUUGGUGUCAAAGAAGGUGACACUGUGAUUGUUGGAGAGAUGGAGAUGGUGUGGCAUGAUUCCGCUGAUGGUAGUGGUUCCUCAAAUGUGAGGAAGGAGUCAACAGAUUCAGCAGUCAAAUGGCCUCAGUGGAAGUAAUCAGGUAUAAUGUGAUUUUAUUUAUUUUUCAUUUUCUAUGUAAAGAUUAAAUAAUUUUAAAAUAUAUAAAAUUUUAACAAA